AUGGAUCGAUUCCGAAUGAUUUUCCAGUACUUCCAGACCAAUUCAGAGUCAGUAACAAAUGGAAUCUGUGCGCUGCUUGCAUUGGCAAGUGUAAAGAUUUAUACCUCUUUUGACUUCAGCUGCCCUUGUCUUCCUAAAUACAACAUGGCAUAUGGCUUGGGAGUCAUGUUCAUCCCUCCAGUGGCACUUUUUCUCUGUGGACUUAUUGUCAACCGACAGUUUGCGGUGAUGCUUGAAGAAUGGAAUAGACCUACUGGGGACAGGAAGAAGAAUCUGGCCAUUAUCAGGUACAUGUGUUCUUCUGUGUUGCAACGGGCCAUGAUUGCACCUGUUGUCUGGAUCAUUGUCACCCUCCUCGAUGGAAAAUGUUUUGUAUGUGCCUUCAGCAUUUCCAUUGACCCUGAUAAGUUUCCAGAUUUUACCAGAAACAUCACCUCUCAUGAUGAGCUACAGCGUUUGUUCUCUAAGGUCCCAUGCAAAGAUGAUGAGCUCAUGAGGAACAACACUUCCCGCAAGGCAGUAUCAAGAUACCUCAGAUGCUGGUCACAGGCUUUUGGAUGGAGUACACUGUUGACUCUCAUAGUGAUAGCCUUCCUGGCACGUUCUCUGAAGCCCUGCUUUGAUCAAGCUGCCUUUUUUCAGACUCGCUAUUGGAGCAAUUACAUUGAUAUUGAACAAAAGAUAUUUGAUGAAACCUGCUGUGAUCAUGCCCGAGACUUUGCACACAAGUGCAUCCUCCAUUUCUUUGAGAGCAUGCAGGAAGAAAUCAGAUUAAGACGGUUUAAUGCCUGCACGGAAGACAAAGAGGGGAAAGAAGAGGAGGAAGACCACUUGAGAGGGAUCACCAGCCAAGACCAAAUGAACAAGGUUCUUCAGUCCUGGUACUACAGCAAGCCCACACUGGAUCUGAACCGAGCAACACAACGUCAGUUUGUAGGUGCAGAAAGGAAACCCUACCUUUGGCAGGCAGUGUGA